UUGUUUCCUUCAAAUGCCACAUCCAACACCGCGGUGGCUUAUCUACAGUACAACCACGACUCUCUCAGCAUACAGAUAACCUGCGUGAUGAACUGUGGCCGCAAGGUGGCGAUAUCCACCAGCCUCGUGCUGUCCGUGACGUGCGGUAACUGCAGUGACGAGUCCAUGGCCGACGCCGAGUACCGCUGGACCCUCUACCUCAUCGACUCAGACACCGGACAACAAACGGAGGUGCAAAACGCAAAACAAGGACAGACAGACAAGCAGGGUAUUGUUAUCAAGGAGAAAACCCUGAAGUCUUGUCAGAAGUACCGGAUGGAAGCUAACAUGAUGCUGAAAGAUACAGCAGGUGGCUUCGCUGUCCGGGAAUUCUUGACCAACUGUCCACCUUGGGGAGGCAACUGCACGGUGAAGCCACUAAAAGGAAACGUUCUUUCUGUGAAUGAGACUUUCAAGAUGUCCUGUUCCGACUGGCAAGACGAGGGUUUCGAAGACGACGCAAACUCCACCGACGAAAGCCAGCUGCUGUCCUCGCCUUUGACCUACAAGUUCUUCCUGAGAAAAAACGAAACCAUCUUUCCAAUCGCCGAAGGAGGUGAAGGCAAAAUGCCACCUACAACAUUGCCGAUCAUUGCUGAUGAUGGGAGCACAGAGUACGAGCUUGUGGCCCGUAUAUAUGACCCUCUACAUGACUUCACCGAAUACAGUGUACCUAUAGAGCUCGUCCUCGAGGAGAGUGAGUCAAGUUUGAAAGACGCUUUUGAGUUUUGGGAAAGGCAGACUAACUACAGUGAUGCUUCGUCGACACUGACGAAACAGAUGAGAGGAAUCACGAUUGCCGGCGCCAUCUUGGCAAACUACAGUGUUUCAGAUAAUCAAACAGAGCUGCAGCAGGCCUUUGAAAGCAAGUCGGAGAACGGCAAACCUGUGGUCAGUAUGGACUGGGACAAUCUGUGGAACGAACUUAAGCAUCCUCCAGACUCUCCCAGCCAGAAAAAUCUGACAGAGGUGACGGACAAGUUCACCAACCUGGUACACAAGCGAGGCGAGGAGGCCAAGAACCUGACAGGACUGGGUCUGACGGCGCUGGCACACGGUCUGAGCACCGUUCUCUCCAGACCUGAGACAGUCAGCUCUGAUUCUGUGAAAGUCACAACAAACAUAACAGACAUGGCUGUGGAGGCACUACGCAAGUUGUACUCUACCAAACCCUACCCGAUCGCAGAAAAUCUGAAACAACCUGUUGUUGCUCUGGCGUCUCUGGUUGAUCGUCUGGUAACUGCCAGUGUUCCUUCCUACGAAGUCAUGCGCAACAUGGAGAUUGUCUUCAACGCCUCUGACCUCGCCAUAGAAGACAGGAUGUUUCUCAAGGAGCGCCUGAAGGUUGCGGCGGCCAGGAAAAACAACUUCAAGGCUGAGCUGAUCAAGGAAGUGAUGCCUCAGCUGGAGACGACGUUGGACGCCAUGACGGAGACGCUGCUUGUCGGAAUGGUUGUCGGACAGGAGCCAGAGCGAGCGGAGCGCGGGGGUCUGUCGCUGAUGGCCUGCAAGACGACGGGGGAGACGCUGACCUCCACAGACUUAGAAGUCGACCCCAAUAAUGUGGCCCUGAAGAUACACGACCUCAGCCAGGAGGACGGGGAGGACACGAAACAUGCUCAGUUGGACGUUAAGGCCAACGUGUUCACCAAGAACCCGUACCCGUCCAGUGACUUGUCCUCCCAUGACAUCACGUCCCCUGUGGUCAAGCUGGACGUCCGAGGUAAGAACGGCACCGUGAGGGUGAACAAGCUGACCGUGACCAUCAAGCGAGGCUCCAAGAUCGACAUCCCAACCAUGGAGACCUUUUCGUCCAACGACACUCGUGAAGGCCCCGACAACUUGCUGUACCACCGACUGCCGCUGCUCUCCCCUCACUCAGCCAUCAUUACCUACAUCAAACUUCCGCCGGAUAUGGAAGCCGUCACCGCCUACUUCCGCCUCGGCAAAGCACCUACCUUACAGAGAUAUGAUGUCAAGACCGAAGGAGAAAAACUUCUUUCUAUUGGACGUCGGGAUGUCGACCCGGGGCAGUCUCAAAGCAGGACGAUGUUUAAAUUUGUCGUGCCUGCAGGAGUUUUUAAGGAAGGCAAAAUCGUGAUUGGUUUUCUUGUAGAUGGAGACAACAACGACACCUACACGUACGAGUACCUGUCCUUCACUGACAGCUGUCGUGUCUGGGACGAGGAGAACCGCCACUGGUCCCCCGCCUGCAAGAUUUCAGACUCGUCUAGCCCUGAAAAGACGGUUUGCGAGUGCGAGAAUCCACCCGGAAUGACGUUUGCCAGCUCGUUCCUAGUGCCACCCACUACCAUCGACUUCAGACUCGCCUUCUCCAAGUUCGACGUCAACAACGCCUGGGUGUACGGCACGAUGAUCGGCCUCCUGCUGGUCUGGGUGCUCGGCGUCCUGUGGGCUCGUAGACAGGACAAGGCAGACAGGGAGAGGUGGCAGGUAGGUUUCUUGACGGACAAUGUUGUGGGCAACAGCUACUUCUACCUGCUGACCGUCCACACGGGCCUAAAGCGAGGCUCUGGCACCAAGUCUAACAUUAGUUUCGUCAUCACCGGCUCUCAGACCGACUCCGGCGUCCGUGGACUGACAGACGGCAAAAGGUCUCAGACGGCUGGCAGCGUCAUGAGCUACAUCAUGGCCACCAGCACGUGCCUGGGCGACUUGGACUACAUGCGAGUGUGGCACGACAACUCUGGGGGAUACCAAGCCGCCUGGUACCUGAGCAGGGUGGACGUCGAAGACUUGCAGACGGGUCAAAGGUACAUAUUUGUGUGCGAGCGAUGGUUCGCCAUUGACAAAGACGACGGCCUUGUGGACCGAUUGGUGCCCCUGGCGCAGCAGGACGAGGUGAUGUCGUUCGAUAAUCUGUUCUCGGAGUUCACUAAGCUCGGGCUGACGGACACUCACCUGUGGUUCUCCUGCUUGCUACGACCCGCACCCAGCGCCUUCACCCGCGUGCAGCGCCUGUCGUGCUGCGUCGUGCUGCUGCUGCUGACCAUGAUCACCAGCGCCAUGUUCUUCAAGCCUGAGGACAACGAGACCGGCGCCAGCACCAAUUCCAUAGGCCUGGAAGUGAAAGUCGGCAUCAUGAGGUUUUCGGCAACGACAUUGUGGACAUCCUUCGUGUCCAUCCUCAUCACGUCCAUCCCCACCAUGCUGUUUGUCAUCAUGUUCCGUUACAGUCGGCCCAGACCAGGGCCUCGGGCCCGGGCCACUACACGUCACGUCAACGACAACUCAGGGGCGAGCAAUACAGGCGAGGGACUAGAGCAAGAAAACAAGAGAAGACAAGAGGAAAAGAGUGUGACUGACCUCGCAGAAAGUAAGCUGCAGGAAAACCCGCUUCCUUAUUACUGCCGCUACGUCACCUGGCUGCUGCUGCUGACGACGGCGGCAAUGUGUGCGUUCUUCCUGGUGAUGUACAGCAUGCAGUGGGGCAAGACCACGUCAGCGGAGUGGCUCACCUCCUUUGUUGCUUCUUUCUUUGAGAGCAUCUUCGUCCUCGACCCUAUCAAGGUGUUAAUAUUGGCUCUCCUGUUGGCUUUUUGCGCACAAAACCCAUAUAUGAACACCCCCAACAAGGAACAUGUGGACCUCCAUCAUGUGCAUGAAGAGGUGAAAAUGUUUGGCGUGGAGGCCCCUGGUCUCCCCGCCAUCCCUCCAGACCCGGUGCCACAGAAAGUUCUGUUGAAAGCCCGACGGCGGCGAGAACAGGAGCAGACGUCACAGCGCGUCUUCUUUGAACUGCUGCUGUACACCUUCUUCGUCUUCUGCAUCUUCUGUCUGUCCUACGCCAAUCGCGAUGAGAACUCCAACCGCAUGUAUCAGCACCUGAGUGGCAGUUACUUUGAUAAGAAACGGGACAAAUAUGCUCCAAAGGAUAAGCCGUAUCUUUUUGUAGAUGUCAAAGGCUUUAAUGACGUCAUCAAGUGGCUCAACGUCACUGCCAAGCCGACUCUCUUCCCACGCGAGGACGCACAGUUCCUGCAGAUGGACGAGCGAGUCUUCACCUCUGACCCCAACACCUUCAGGAUCGGUCCACUUCGCGUCCGCCAGCUGAGGAUGCCCAUUAUGCAAAGAAGUGUUUCGGAGCGUAUGGGAUCACGUGACUACGUCCCCCCGUACAAAUGGGAGGAGGAAGAGAGGGGAAGGUUCUGUGUCGGUUGGAAGUCCUUGACGUGUUCUUACGACGACCUGGAGACGAGGCUGAGCCGCGCCGCCUGGACCUACCAGACCCUGAGUGACGUGUCCGUCCUUCCGGUGUGGGGAGAGUACUCCACCUACAGCAGUGGCGGCUACAUCAUGGACUUCUCUGUUAACUGGGAUGUGAUGACCGACACCCUGCAGGAGCUGCAGGACGGGGCGUGGCUGGACAAUCAGACUCGCGCUGUCUUCGUGGAGUUCUCCCUCUACAACCCCGACAGCAACCUCCUCGCCUACAUGCGACUGGUGGCGGAGUUCCCGGAGACAGGAGACACGCUGGUGUGGAAGGACAUCAAAAUCCUACGCAUCUACCAGCAUCUGCAGCCAGCAGGCGCCUACGUCUUCAUUGGAGAGAUCAUCGCACUGAUCGCCGUCUUCAUCCUAACUAUUGUGAUCAUUGUUAGAAUGAAAAAGCAAAAAUUAAGUUUCUUCCGUAAUUUCUGGCAGGUGUUGGACGCUUGCACUGUUACGUGCUCCUACUUCGCUAUGACGUUCUACGCAUUAAAAUCCCUGAAGGUGGAUGCGUCUAUGGCUGCCUGGCGUGAGAACCGUAAGGUGUACGUGGACUUCUACCAAGCUGCCUUUUGGGACGCCCUGUACGGCUACAUGUUGGCGGCCGCCGUCUUCAUCACCACCCUGCGCCUGCUGCGUGUCCUGGGCUACAACAAGCGGCUGACCGCCAUCGGCACGGUGCUGUCCAUGUCCGGCAGGGACCUGCUCGGCUUCUCUGUCGUCUUCCUCGUCGUCUUCGUCGCCUACAUGUCAGCGGGCUACUUGAUGUUCUUGACUUCGCAGAGAGACUUCCGGUCACCGUGGAACUGCGCGCUGGCGCUGUACCAGAUCCUGCUGGGCAGAAGUGUCCUGAGCAUCAUCUCGGAGGACGGAGCUCUCUACGCCUGGAUUUAUUUCAUCUCCUUCAUCGUCCUCGUGUUCCUUAUUCUCAUGACGAUGUUUCAGGCCAUCGUGUGUAACGCCAGCAGCAUCGUCCAUGCAGACCUCAAGACAGUGCCGCCACCAUACGGCCUGACAAACCUCUUCGUCAAGUUCUACCACUCGGCCAUCGUUGACUGGCUGCCUUCCUGGCUCCUGGAUUGCAAAGCGAGAGCGGUGUACAUUAGCCCAGACCACCGGGGUUCUGCGGGCACGGAGAUGACUCAGCCAUCACGCAGACAGACAGAGCAGCAGGACAAGCGUGAGCACGAGUCACUCCCGCCUGCUGGUGAAGGUGCAGCAGCACCUGUACUGCGUCACACAAGUACGUCACGGCAGUACGCACAGGGUGUGCGUCAGAGCCUCCUCCUCCCAUCUGUCACCUCGAUUUUUCGAAGGCGAACGAAAAUGAGGGGAACAAAAAUGAAAAAUACAAUGGACAAAGGCUUUUUAGCAUGAAAGAAAUCCAUGCUCUCUCUCUCUCGUGUCAGUAAGUAAAAAGUAAAUGAAAGGACAAUCAAACAUUCCAAAAAUAUUUCUUACGUUUCAGUCGACCAAGCACAAGAGGUUUGAAAUGCAGAGUACACAGGAUCUUCACAAAACUACCGGCACGGCUAGGAGUUUUCUGAAAGAUGAACGAGAUGUCCUUGCUGGCAUUUGAAAUGGAAAAAAAUUAUCGCUCACGAGAACACCGAUUCAUAAACUGUUUGGGCCUUUCUCAACUUCUUCAUGCUGCAUGUACAGGCACUCAACACAAACUUUUAAAAAAAUUACACAUGUGAAAAUUAGAAUUUGAAAGCCGCACGCGAGAAAAUAUUUAAAAAAAUUUUUAAACUUAUAUUUUUUACGUCGUGCUGUAAAAAUUUAAAAAUUUUGGUUACUAUUGAAAAUAUCUGCUACCAGACAAAGUUUCUACACAUAUAUAUAAUGUUGUUUCUCUAUCAGGUCUCUACAUGUCUCAAGGGUCGUAACAUCUACCACUGAUGUAAUAUAAUUUGACAUAAAAAGAUUUGUCCAUUCGGGUAAAUCUGACACAGGUAGCUGCUGACCUCCCAGCUGAGAGAGACAUUAAUCACUUGUUACUUAUACAACUGUUACUUAUACUACUUAAAACCUGUCUGACGUCGACCAUUCGGUCGUAGGACUGCCGUGAACUGUCCUCUGACACCAGUUAAGCUUCUCUCACUCGUUUUAGAAUAUUCAGUAUUAUGUGGGGUCAUUGUGCGUGAGAUAUAUAUAAAAUCCUUUUUCAAUAUUGUUAUCAUGUUGUGGUACAAUUUAUAACUGAAAUAACUCUUGCCGUUCAAACGUUUAAUAUUUCGUCAGUGAAAGCUGUAUUUUCUAUUAAAAAUCUUUAACUGCAUUUGAUGAAAAUAUUAUUUAUGGUGCACACAAACUUUUAUGUAAUUUCAAGCUUCAUUGCAGAAUUUUUUUUAUAUAAUAGAUAAUAGAUAAUCCCUUCGUGUGAAAC